AUGAUGCAUGAAAGCUUACCAAGAACUUUACCUACUAAAAGGGGCAGAGGAAGGCCUACUAAGGCAGACCAGAUUGCUAUCCAAGGUGCAGCUCCUAGUAGGCCUGAUUGCGCCUUACCAGCCCAAAACCUUCAUCCUCCAGAAUUCCCGAAUAAUAUGCUCAACAACAAAGUCGUCGAAUCCUUCAAGCAUUACCUAACAGAACACGACAAAAAGUACACCUUCACCUCAAAAAAGCUAGCAGUCCUUCCACUAUUUGUUGACCAGUCCAGCUGUGCCCACUUUUUCUUCACCUACACCUCAAAAGAAAAAUCAAACUCCGCUAUUUUCUUAACUUUCACAGAAAAUGUCGCUUAUGUCUCAAUUCUUUCUAAAGAAUUCAAAUUCGACAAAGAUGAUGUCAAACUGAUAAAUCUCAUUAACCAAAUGAACGCUGAAGAUUUUAGAUUUUCAGCCCAUAUAGCUCCUAUUAUCAAAUCUUCAACUUUAAAUGAAGAAACUAAAGAGGAGAUCAAAAAACCAGUGACUAAAAUAUCAAAAGAUGCGAAUACACACAAUUUGGUAUUUAUUCAAAGAAUUUUUUAUAAAAACUCCAAUAUUAAUGCAGGAGUUUGGUGGAGCUUUAUUAUAGAAAUCAUUAAAAAAUACCAGAAUUUUCUAAAUGUUUAUUCACGAAAUAAUGAAUUUGAUUCAAAAGGGCAGUGUCAGAAAAAAAGAAAAAUAAACUCCCCAAGCUAUAUUAUCCAUAAAAACGCGAGCGAAUUGAAUGAUAUUGUUAUUAGUGCAAUUAAAAAACUUGGAUUUGCAAAUAUAAAGCAAAGUGUCUCAAAUGAAACUUAUAUAGAUUUAAUUGCAAUUACUUAUGAAAAUGACCAAUUAGACAAAAAAUUAAGCACUUUUCCAGUUGUUUUUGAAUCAAAAAAUAAUUUUAUAGCGCUGAAGCUUAUUGUAGCUGUGAACUCAAAAGUAGCAAAGUUUGAAAUAGGCUCCUAUAGCAAGAUAAGCCACUUCUUAAAUUUAGCUAACUCUCAAUGUGAAUAUGGAUUUUUUAACCUUGACAUGAAUAAGUCUCAGGUCUAUUUCAAAGUUUCUCACUAUUUCGAAGGAAUUGAAAACAAAAGCAUAGAAAAAUAUCCACAAGAAAUGAUAUCAAUGGCCAUUUUUUAUUAUAAAAUUUUCAGCUUUGGAAUUUUUAAGCUAUAUGAAGAGCAUUCAAACUAUGAAAUAGAGGGAGUAGAAAAGCUAUUUAAGUUUUGCCAGAGUAAAAUUCAAAAUUCUAAGGUAGAGCCUUUUCAUUUAGAUACUAAUUCAAUUGAUAGCAAAGGAAAAAAUGCAAAUCCAAUUGAAGAAUCCUUUGAGGUAAGUGACCCUAAAUCCUAUGAAAUUAUAGAAAAACUAAAAAAUAAUGCUUUUCUAAGCCAAGCUUUUGAGACACAAUCAAUAUCAAUUAUAAAAGAAAAACAGAAUUUUAGAAUUAGACAAGUUUUGCCCCCUAGCAAAAAAUUUAUAAAUUAUUUGUUGGAAGGGAAGUCUUCUUAUAUAAAUCAGAUUGAAUUACUAUAUUUAGAACUAUCUAGAGCUGGACUAUCUAUAAGCGAUUUGCCAAUUGAUAAUUUUUAUUUUAGAGAAAAUCAGCUAAAAGUGAAAUUCAACCAAAAUUUGAAUUUUAAUUUUAGCUGCAAUUUCGCUAAUGAAAAAGAGUUGUUAGUCAAAUUGCAUAGAGAUAUAAGGAGAUAUAUAUUUACCCAUAUUAAUUCUUCCAAAAAAUACUCAAACUAUAGGGAAUUUAACCAUCAUAACAAUUUCGAGCCUGAUGCAAUGGAUAUUGAUGGAGAAAGCAAAUAUACAAGUUAUUUGGAAAAAUUCUUGUGUAAUGGUAUAAAAAACUCAAAAAUACACUAUGAUAAUAUUCCAAUAGAUGGGAAAACUCAAGAUUCCAUAUUAAAUCUGAAAAAAUAAAAUGGUUAUGCUGAUAGAAGAAGGACUCCUUACGGCGCUCAUAUGGAGAAGGCAAGACCAUCCUAAUGAAGCUGAAACGAGACCUCUGUCUCUUUUUGAAGUCGGCCUUCUAUCUUGGGGAUGCCUGACGAAGAGGGAAGUUUUGUUUCUCCCUUGAAGGCUUUCCUGUCACUGCAGAUGGGCUAAAUGGGGUUUGCCUCUCACAUGUUUUCUUCUUUUGAGACCAUUAGAACAUAUCUCAGAUGGUUGUUUCUGCCCUAGGAAGCUGAUUUCUUGGGCAGGUGGUUUAAUUCGGAAAUCCAAAAGGGCAGUUUUCCUCAUUCAAACUCGAGGCAUAUAGAGACUGCUUUCUUAGGAGCUAAUACAGGCAAUCGCUAAUGGGGUUGCCCGCUUAUGCAUAAUUAACCUUGCCUAACUUAACUUAUUAAACUGAAAAAUAAAAUGGCAAUUUUAUGGAAAUGGGCUCCGAAGCCCACUCCUGUGGAGCAGGCAGCACCCAUCCCCUUGCGCUGAGCAUUAGAUGCUGCAUUACCGCUUGCAGACCAUUAGAUUUUGGGAUGCCCGCUGAUAAGGGAAGUUUACUUCUUCCCGAAUGUUUUCCUUUUCCCGCUUAGGCAAGAUAGGUUUUUCCUACAACAUAGUCUUUCCUAAUCAGUCUUUUGGUUCAUUUUCCCAGAGAACUAAUAAUCCUUUUUAGCAGGUGAUUCCGAUCGAAAAUCCAAAAGGGCUGACUUCUAGUUUUUCAUUUACCCCAGGAUCUAUCCUAUUCUGUCUUUUUGGAGCCAAUGUAAGGCAAUGGUUAAUGGCUCUCCGAUAAUUAAUCUUAUGUUAUUAAAUCUGUGGAAAUACAAUAGCAUUUUAUCAAGUGACAGCAUUUGCAGAUUUUAUGGUACUAUUGACAAUGGAGAUUCUGUAUCCCUAGUUUAUGAAAGCUAUAAAACCAAUGCACUUGAUUACUUCUCAAAAUAUAAUUUACAAAACAAAAAACUCUCAAAAGAUGCAGCGCAAACAUAUUUGAGAGAGCUGAUAAAAGCUUUAUUGCUGAUUAAAAGCAAAAAGAUUCCUAUUUUUGCAUUUGAUCCUGAAAUGGUGAUGCUUCCAGGAGAUGAAAAAGUGAAGUUAAGAUUAAAAGCAGAAAAUUUGAUUGGUGAAGAAUGAAAAUCAGAUCAUUUAAAACAAGAAGCUUUUGAUGAGGCUGGAUUAAAUUUUUCUUUACUCUUCCAUAAGCGAACAAAACAUUGGAAAAUCACUAUUUUUAGACCAAAAACCCACCCUCUGUGAGCGAACAAAAAUUUUUGUUUAUGAAAAAAAAUAUGAUAUAUAAGUGAUAAUUAGUAUAAUGAAUAUAGCUAAAUCUGGUUAAUUUUAAACAGCUUGCAUUUUUAAAGCAUAAAAUUUGCAAAUUAAAUUAAUUUUUACAAGUAGUAUUUUUUUUAAAAUUUUGAAGAAAAAAAAUUGACUAUAAAGUUUACAUAUAUAUUUUUAAAAAAAAAUAAAUUAAUCACUCUCCAUGAGCGAACCAAUUUUUUUUUAUUGAUCAGGAGUGGGGGAGUUAGGAUUAUUUGUGCAAUAUAUGAUUCAUGGAAAUCCUGCAAUAAUUGACAGAACAAGGUGAUGUGAAUUGCAAACGCUUGGCGACGCUUUAAAAAUAGUCUCAAACUAUAUGCUUCGGGCCUAA